CUCAGUUGGAGAAGCUGGUGGGUCGACGCGCAGAGAGGACUUCGACGUACGACUCCGCCGGACUUAACUCACCCUACCCUGCGAUUUGAAGCACUUUUCUCCAAAUGCUCCUCUCCUGCAGGAGGUAACAGCUCACCUCCUGUACACCCGCUUUUGAUUUAAACUCCCCCCGAAACUUCUCUCCUCGGACCGGAGCGAGCGCACAGGUGGAGAGGAUGACGAGCGGACCGGCGUCUCUCGGCGCUGCGCUGCUGCUGCUGAGCUGCUGCUGUUGGUCGUCGGCUCAGGAGCUGCCGACCAACGGGGUGAACGGCUACAGCCUUCACCCGCCCUACUUCAACCUGGCGGAGGGCACGAAGAUCACCGCCACUGCGACCUGCGGGGAGGAAGACACCGGCAGGACGGUGCGCGACCUGUACUGCAAGCUGGUCGGAGGCCCGGUGUCCGGAGACCCGAGCCAGACCAUCCAGGGCCAGUACUGUGACAUCUGCAGCCAGGGCGACAGUGAUCGAGCCCAUCCGAUCACCAACGCCAUCGAUGGGACAGAGCGAUGGUGGCAGAGCCCACCUCUGUCCCGCAGCACGGAGUACAAUGAGGUCAACGUCACAUUGGAUCUUGGACAGCUCUUUCAUGUGGCCUACGUGUUGAUCAAAUUCGCCAACUCUCCCCGUCCAGACCUGUGGGUUCUGGAGAGAUCCAUUGACUUUGGGCUGACUUACCAACCCUGGCAGUACUUUGCCUCCUCCAAGAGGGACUGUAUUGAGCGCUUUGGACAGAGCACCAUUGAGAGAAUCAACCACGAUGACGACGUUAUCUGCACCACUGAAUACUCUCGUAUAGUACCGCUGGAAAAUGGAGAGAUUGUGGUGUCUUUGGUCAACGGUCGCCCCGGAGCGAUGAACUUCUCCUACUCUCCAGUGCUGAGGGAGUUUACAAAGGCCACCAACAUCAGGCUUCGUUUCCUGAGAACGAACACGCUGCUGGGACACCUGAUGGGCAAGGCGCUCCGUGACCCCACUGUCACCCGCAGGUACUACUACAGUAUUAAAGACAUCAGCAUCGGAGGACGUUGUGUGUGUAACGGACACGCUGAGGCCUGCAAUGCCAAGGACCCCAACGACCCCUACAAGUUACAGUGCGACUGUCAGCACAACACCUGCGGCGUGUCUUGUGACCAGUGUUGCCCCGGAUACAACCAGUUACCAUGGAAACCGGCCACGACCUACAGUGCCAACGAGUGUGAACCGUGUAACUGUCACCGUCACUCUUUCGACUGUUACUACGACCCCGAGGUCGAUCAGAAGCGAGGCAGCCUCGACAUCCACGGACACCACAGAGGAGGAGGCGUCUGCCUCAACUGUCAGCAUCACACCACUGGAGUGAACUGUGAGCGCUGCAUCCCCACCUACUACAAGUCAGCUGACCACCCCAUCGACUCCCCACUGGCCUGCUCACCCUGUGACUGUCAGUCAGAGUUUACAGAUGGAACCUGCGAGGACAUAACCGGUCGUUGUUUCUGCAAGCCAAACUACACUGGAGAGAACUGUGACUCCUGUGCCAGUGGCUUUAUCAACUUCCCCGAGUGUUACCCCAUCCCCACUUAUCCCACCAACAGCAACAAUGGUGAGGCCAAACCAGCUGGAGAGAUCAUCAACUGUGAGUGCAGUGCAGCAGGUACAGUGGAUAACUCGUGCAGGCCGGACCCUCGAACUCGAACCUGCAUCUGUAAACCAGGUUUCACCGGUGACCACUGUGACACCUGCGCUCCGGGUUUCUACGGACUCAACUGUCAGGCCUGCCAGUGUUCAGGUCCUGGCUGUCUGGACGGCUCAUGCGACCUGGUGACUGGUCAUGCCGUGUGUCGGAGUGGUUUCCAGGGUUACCAGUGCGAUCAGUGCGCUCCAGGUUACUUCAACUACCCACUCUGCCAACUGUGUGGCUGCAGUACGGUCGGCUCUCUGCCUGAAGUCUGCGAUGCUUCCGGUCGAUGUCUGUGUAAACCGGAGUUUCAGGGUCCUCGAUGUGAACAGUGCAGAUCUGGAUUCCACUCGUACCCAAACUGCCAAGUGUGCACCUGUGAUCCUCGCACCUCAGUGGACACCAGCUGCUCUGCAUCAGGUCACUGCCACUGCCUGCCCAAUUACAGUGGAGCGUCAUGUGAUCAGUGUGCUCCUGGUUACUAUGGCUACCCAAGCUGCACACCCUGCCAGUGUUCUGCUGAAGGUUCCCGCUACAGCAACUGUGACCAGGUGACGGGACAGUGUGGGUGUCUGCCAGGUGUGGUUGGACUGAGGUGUGACAGCUGUGCACACGGCUCCUACGGCUUCCCCAACUGCCAAGCUGGAACCUGCCACCCUGCCGGCUCUGUUCAGUACGCAGUGCAGCGACCAGUGGGUCAGUGUGAGUGCCAUCAGCAUGUAGAGGGCCCAGCUUGUGACAAAUGUAAACCUCUGUACUGGAACCUCUCCCCUGACACCCCCGAUGGAUGCUCCAACUGUGAGUGUAACAUUGCAGGGACUCUGAGCGGCGUUGCAGAGUGUGCACAGGAAACUGGUCAGUGCCACUGUAAGCCCAACGCCUGCAGCGGAACCUGCUCCACCUGCAAAGAUGGCUUCUAUAACCUCCAGGAAAACAACUAUUUUGGCUGCCAGGGUUGCCAGUGUGACAUUGGAGGCUCAGCAGGUCAGUCCUGUGGGGAGAGGAACGGUCAGUGUCGCUGCAGGCCCAACGUGGAAGGACCCAAGUGUAACCUACCUCGUGCAGAUCAUUACUUCCCAGAUCUCCAUCAUCUGAAGUUUGAGAUUGAGGAGGGAACCAUGCUGGAUGGCCGACCGGUACGAUUUGGCUACAGCCCCCUGGAGUUCCCAGACUUCAGCUGGAGAGGUUAUGCUCAGAUGUCUCCCAUUCAGUCCAAGGUGUUGCUGUCGGUGUUGGUCAGCUCUCCAGACCUCUUCCAUGUGGUGCUUCGCUAUGCCAACUGGGGGGGUUCGGACGUUCAGGGCAGGGUGUCGGUCAUAGAGGACGGCUGGAACUACUACUGUGGUAACUGCUCAGAGCAGUCCAAACAGAUCGUCUUUGCUCCCAGUGUUGAGCCGACCUUUGUCAACGUUCCCCAGAACAACUUCGUGGAGCCUUUCGUCCUGAACCCAGGAACCUGGACUGUGGUUAUAGAGGCUGAAGGAAUCCUGCUGGAUUACCUUGUUCUGCUGCCUAGCGCCUACUAUGAAGCCCCCAUCCUGCAGAUCAAAGUUACUGAGCCCUGCACCUACAGCUCUGUACCCGAGGCCAGCCACAACUGUCUGCUGUACACGUAUCUGUCUCUGGACUCCUUCCCCUCCAUCUCCGGCAAUGAUGCCAGCUGUCGCAAUGACAACCACCUGCCACGGCCCUGCCCCACUGAGAAGAUCACCCCACGCCAUCCAGACAUGGCCGUCUGCAGCGGCUACGAUAUCAACGUGGAGCUGCGAGGACGUCUGUCGUCUCCAGGUGACUACGCUCUGGUGGUCGAGUAUUCCAGUGAAGAAGAAUUACCACAAACUCUGUCAGUCGCUGUCAACAUGCCAGGUGCUCGAACACACCAACACCGUGUCACCCUGCUGCACUGCAAAUACAGCUUUCUGUGUCGAGCCGUGGCCAUCGAUGAACAGAACAGAGUGGCGGUCUUCUCUCUCCCCGCCAACGUGGAGGUCCAGCUCAUCUCCGACCGAGCCAGCUUCUUCCUGCACAAAGUGUACCUUGUUCCUAAAGACCAGUUUACCAUGGAGUAUGUUGAGCCUAAAGUCCACUGCAUCAGCACUCAUGGACAGUUUGCACCUGACAGUUCCUCCUGCGUCGCCUCCCGCUUCCAGACACCUUCAAACUCUCUGGUCCUGAAGGAGGGCCAGAGCUCCUCCAUGCAGGAGGAACCCCUCCUGGCCUCCCCAGCAGAAGCUCCUCUGUCGUACCAGAGGGAUGAACCAGCCUGGACCGGAGGACACAGACCUCCUUUUGGAGCAGAUAACAGUGAACACGUACGGCUGGACUCGCUGCAGAAUGCAGCAGUGUACUCAUCCCGUGUCCACGCUCUCGGACGUUAUGUCUUCAUCCUCCACUAUCACCAGCCUCUUCACCCCACCUUUGCUGUGCAGGUCUACAUCAACGGGGGCCGAAUCUGGCAGGGCCAAGCCAACGCCUCCUUCUGUCCUCACGCUUAUGGCUGCCGUAACGUCCUGGUCUCUGAGAACCAAAUCAUUCUGGAUGUGACGGACCACGAGGUCUUCCUCACGGUGCAGAUACCUGCUGGCAAAACUCUGUGGCUGGAUUACGUGCUUGUCGUUCCUGAGGCGAGCUACAGCUCCAGCUACCUGAACGAAGAACCUCUGGACAAAUCGUACGACUUCAUCAGCAACUGCGGCCAGAACAGCUUUUAUAUCAAUCCGUUGUCUGUCUCUCCGUUCUGCCUCAGCUCGGCGGUCUCUCUGUCGGCCUUCUUCAACAACGGGGCGAUGCCCUGCGCCUGCCACGAGGUCGGAGCUGAGAGCGACACCUGCGAGCAGUUCGGUGGUCAGUGCCACUGCAGGCCAAAUGUGAUUGGACGAGACUGCUCCAUGUGCGCCACAGGAUACUGGGGAUUCCCCAACUGCAGACCCUGCAACUGUGGUACGAGGUUAUGUGAGCCGGUGACCGGUGACUGUAUCUGUCCUCCGAGGACUCUGCGCCCAGAGUGCACCCAGUGUGAGCCCCAGACGUUCGGCUGCCACCCGGUGGUGGGGUGCGAGAUCUGCAACUGCUCUCGGCCCGGCAUCGUCUCCCCUGAUGCCAGCUGCGACACGCAAAGUGGACAGUGCAGAUGUAAAAACAACAUCGUCGGCCGUCAGUGUGACCGCUGCGCCCCUGGUUUCUAUGGUUACCCCAACUGCAGGCCAUGUGACUGCAAUGAAGCGGGAACCGAGGAGGAAGUGUGCGACUCCUUCACAGGACAGUGUCUCUGCAAGGAGAACGUUCAGGGUUCUCGAUGCGAUCAGUGCAGAGUUGGUACGUUCCACUUGGAUCCAACCAACCCGAAGGGCUGCACCAGCUGCUUCUGCUUCGGAGCCACCGACCGCUGUCGCAGCUCCGAUAAAAGACGAACAGAGAUCAUGAACAUGGAGGGCUGGGUGCUGCUUGGAGCAGACAGACAGGAAGUCCCAGUGACGGUUUAUCCCGGUCAGGACCUGGUGGAGGCCGACCUCAGCGACGUGCCCGAUGUCUACCAGGACCUCCACUGGCACGCACCGAGGACGUACCUGGGAGACAAGGUCUCGUCCUACGGAGGUUAUCUGAGGUAUCGUCUCCACACUCAGACCAUGAGAGGCGAUGUGUUGUCUCUGCCUGCAGAAGCCUCCAGGCCCGACAUCAUCCUCAAGGGUAACCAGAUGACCCUGGUGUUCAUGGAGAGAGAAUACUCCUCACCUGAAGAGCCUCACCUGGGGAUAGUUCACAUAGUUGAGGGAAGUUUCCGUCACGCUCAGACCGGCAACUCUGUGUCUCGGGAGGAGCUGAUGAUGGUUCUGGUUGGUCUGGAGUCUCUGCAGAUCCGAGCCCUCCACUCUCAGUCGGCCCACUCCGUGUCGCUGCGUGGCGCUGUGCUGGAGGGAGCCGAGAGUCUUCCCACCGGUCGCCAUGCCAACAAUGUGGAGAUCUGCAUGUGUCCGGCCAACUACCUCGGAGACUCAUGUCAGAAAUGUGCUCCAGGUUACUACAGAGACACUAUCGGCCUGUUUCUGGGGAAAUGUGUUCCCUGUAACUGUAACGGACACUCUGACCACUGUCUGGACGGAUCAGGAAUCUGUGUGAACUGCCAACAUAACACUGCCGGCGACCACUGUGAGAGGUGCCAGGGUGGUUUCCUUGGUAACAACAGUCUUGAUGGACAGGCCGUGUCAUGCUCCAGUUGUCCUUGCCCACUGAGGGCCCCAUCCAACAAUUUUGCAGAGGGUUGUGUGCAGAAAAGCGACAGGAUGCAGUGUUUGUGUAUGCCGGGUUAUGCAGGACCCAACUGUGAAAGGUGUGCCCCUGGUUUCUAUGGCAACCCGAUGGUUCUUGGCAGCAGGUGUCAGCCAUGCCAUUGCCAUGACAACACGGACCCCAACAUGCUGUUCACUGACUGUCACCCACUGACCGGAGAGUGUCUGAGCUGCAUGCACAACUCAGCCGGACCCCACUGUGACGUCUGCGCUAAUGGUUACUACGGAGACGCAAUCAACUCCAAAAACUGCACCAAAUGCAACUGUUCUCCAUGUGGAACUGAGUCGUGUGACCCUCACACUGGACAGUGUCGCUGUAAACCGGGAGUCACUGGAGCGCUCUGUGAUCACUGUGUGGAUGGCUCCUUUGGCUUUGAGUCGUGCUCUGGCUGUCGUCAGUGCGACUGCGACGCCUCAGCAGCUCUCGUCCAGCCGUGUAAUCCUCAGAGUGGCCAGUGUGCCUGCCAGCCUGGAGUCAACGGGCCAAACUGUAGACAGUGUGCUCCUGGACACUGGGACUAUGGACCCAACGGAUGCAAGAAGUGCGACUGCAGAGGAGGUCGCUGCGACCCCCGGACAGGAGAGUGCCGCUGUCCUGAUGGGAUGACAGGAAAACAGUGUGACACCUGUUCACAGAGAUACAGUGUUCCUAUGGAGAACCAGCAUGGCAUGCACUGUGAACCGUGUGACAGCUGUGUCAUCGUCCUGUUGGAGGAUCUGGACAAGAUGAACGACAACUUCCGCUCAGUCUCCGGUCAGCUGAGCAGCCUCAACGCCAGCUCCAUGGCCUGGGCACAGCUGAACAAUCUCAACAAGUCUGUGGAGGACAUGGCUCGUGCCAUAGAGAACUACAACAGUACACUGGAUGGGAGCCGGAACCGGGCCGACAUGCUGGAAGCUGAGAUCAUGAAUAUAAAUGAUGACAUUGAUGAGCUGCAGAACAAGGUGGCAGCAAUGACUGACAGGGUUGGUGACCUGAAUAAUAGUACCAGGAACACACACCAGAGGGCAGAAGAUCUGCUGUCCUUCCUCAACAACAUGACAAAGAAUAUAAACGACGUCAAGCUGAUGGGAAAUCGUUCUCUAGUGAACGAGACUGAGGCAGAUCAGGACGACGAGGAGAAGGAGACAAAGCUGAGGGAGGUGCAGGCCAUGCUGAGGGAGAUGAGGUACAGGAGCUGCGUGGGACAGAAGAAAAUGGCUGACAAAGAGAAGACAGAGGCAGAGAAAUUGUUGGAUCGUGUUAACAAGGAGUUGGCAGGUCGUCAAGGAGAAAACAAUGACUUGGCCAAAGCUAUCAGAGAUCGUCUGUCCCAUUUCCACUCUCAAAUGAUGGACCUUCGAGACGCCCUGAAUGAAGCUGUGAACAACACUGCCAGAGCUGCAGAGAUCAACAAUGCUAAUGAGAAAAUGCUGGAGAGCAAUAAUAGGAGAAUACAAGAGUUGGUGGCGAAGCAGAAGGAGGUGAACAACCAGCUGAGCAUGGCUGAAGACGAUGUCGCUCAAGUCAACGAUGCAUCUUCAAUGCUUCAGGACUCCAAGGAGGAGUACGAACAUUUGGCGGCCCAGCUGGACGGCGCCAGGACACCUCUGGCAAAGAAAGUGCAGAAUUUUGCUUGGACGGACUCCAAAAUCCCCUUGGUGGAGAGAGCGGAGAAGCAUGCUGAGAUGCUCAACGCUUUAGCAAUGAACUUAUCCAGUUUGAUUGCAGAAACCAAGAGUGACGGAUUAGUAGACGUAACACAAGCUUACAACAAGAUUAUCAACAGCAUCAAGGAGGCAGAAGAGGCUGCCAAGAUGGCUGACAAGGCUGCCAAUGACACUGUGGAGAACAUAAAGGACCAGGACCUCGGUCAGCAAGCUAUUUCUCUGAAGAACCACAGUACAGAGCUGAAAAAUGAAGUCGAAAAGCUUGAUGAGGAGCUGAACAACGACCUGAAGCCGAAGCUGGAAGAUGCGAAGAAACGAGUGGUUGAUGCCAAAAACAAACAGGCUCAAAUGAAGAAGGAUUUGGAGGCGUUUCAGAAUAACCUCAACUUUACCACAAAUGUGACUCAGGAGAUUGGUGAAGCAAAGCGAGUAGCGGAUCGGGCAAACAAAACGGCCACCCAAGUCAACGAUGCUUUGCGUCCAAUUAAAGAGCAGCUGGACCAAUGGCAGAAAGCGUAUGGAGACGCCAACGCCACCAACGAUGACAUCAACAAGGCCGUGAUGGAUGCCAACAACACAGUGAACAAGCUGGGUGAAGCUAUUCCUACACUCAUGAAGAAACUGGAUGAACUGCAGAACCACUCCGCCCAGAUGCCAAACAUCUCUGAGAACAUCAACCGCAUCCGACAGCUCAUACAACAGGCCCGCAAUGCUGCCAGCAAGGUGAGCGUGCCGGUGAAGUUUAACGGAUCGUCUGGUGUUCAGGUUCGUACUCCAUCUAACCUGGCUGACCAGGCUGCCUACACAUCCCUGAAGUUCUACAUCACCCUGCCAGAGACAGCGCGGACCAGGCGACAGAACGGUGCCACCAAGCAGUUCGUCCUCUACCUCGGCAACAAGGAUUCCACUAAAGAGUUCCUGGGCAUGACACUGGAGGGGAAAAGACUGCGUUGGUACUUUAACGUUGGAGGAGAGACUGCCCAGGUGAUGAUGGAAGAAGAUGUCAAGUCUGAUGGAAACUUCAAUAGCCUAGUGCUGGAGAGGAUCCUUCAAUAUGGUCAGAUGUCCAUGUCUUCAGAAGCCAGCGAGGGAGACCAACGAGUGACCAAAGCCAAUGUGGAGGCUAAAGGCGAUCAGGGGCUGCUCAACCUUUUGACCGACGACACUGUCUUCUAUGUGGGAGGAUACCCGAGCACUUUCAAACCGCCUUCUGCACUCGCGCUCCCUAACUUUAAGGGCUGUAUCGAGCUAGAUACACUGAACGAGGAGGUGCUCAGUCUGUAUAACUUUGAAAAAAUCUUCCAGCUCAACACCACAGAGGAGAAACCAUGUGGCAGGUCCAAACCAGUGCUGACUCAGGCCUGGGUAAAUGACGCAGCGUAUUUUGACGGUACCGGUUUUGCUGAGAUCAUCUUUACGGAUGAAUCAACACGUAUGCAGCGCUUUGAACAAGAAGUCAAGCUGCUCUCUCACAACGGAAUCCUGCUCCUGCUGCAUACUGAGAAUAAGUUCCUGUGUCUGGCGGUGCUUCAGGGCAGACUCAAGGUUUUCUAUGACUUCAGUGAUUCUCUGAUGGAGCUCGAGGACAAAGCGGGAUCACCAGAAGAUCUGAAGAUCACUGAUGCUGAAGCCAAAACUCUGGAGGUCAUCAUCUUGCGUUCAACCCAAAACCGUAUUGUGGUGAGGAAAAACCGCGCCCCCCUCUACACGCACCAGUUCUCAGACAGCAUCCCUGUGUUCACGGGCAGCUACUACCUGGGUGGAGUACCGGAGCAAAAGAUGCCUGAAAAGUUGAAGGCUGUAUUUUCUAAGCAGGGCUCUGUGAAAGGCUGUUUCAGAAAUGUAAAGGCUCAAAACUCUCACAUCGACUUGAAGAGGAUGGUGAGCUCUGGAGUCAGUUUCGGCUGUGACAGUGAUCUGCUGGUGGCUCGUGAAGCUCAUUUCACCGGUCAGAGCUACUUGGACUUUGGGUCUCUGGCAAACAUUCCUGGCCUUAGGAGCAACUUCUCCGCAGGCUUCAGCUUCAGAACUGACAAGACAGAUGGACUCAUGUUCUACCACCGCGACCAAAUUGGUGAGUGUCAGGCAAUUUUGCGCGCCGGCCACGUUGUGGUGAAUGUCGGCAACACUGUGAUCAAGACCCAGAAGACGUACAACGACGACAACAGUCACUAUGUCAUGAUCUACAACAACGUCAAUGGAAUGCGUCUGUACAUGGACGACGUGCUGGAGAAAGGCAGGGAGGGAACGACCACGGGGAGCAGAGCACCGCCGUUAUUAGGAACCUUUGUGGGUGGAACCCCAGACCAAAGCCUCACCAACCUCACUGGAUGUAUCAGCAACGUUUUCAUAAAGAGGGAAACGAGUCCUCAGACGGUUUUGAACCUGCUGAAAGCUAAAGAAAACAUCAACGUUCCUUUGACCUGUCCGGCUGCUAAAAAACCUCAGCAGAUCAUUGCUGCUCAGUCAAAACACAGCAACAAACCAAAGGGAAAGCACAAGAAGCCAUCAGGACCUCGCAGUCGUAACACCAGGGAGUCCUGUCAGGGCGAGCUGUCCGACCAGGAGAGCGGAGCGACGCACUUCAGCGGCUCCACACACAGCUACCAGAGAUACGACUCUCUGCCCAGCUCAGUCAGCACAAUGCCACACUUCUCCAUGACGGUGAGGAUCAACUCCUCUGAUGGUCUGGUGCUGUACGCAGCUGGCGGGAAGCGUGGUGAAGCCGUGAUGUCACUCGGCGUCUCACACGGCCACCUGCUGCUUCUGUUGGACGGAGGGAAGAGGAAGGUCAGCGUGCGCAGCCACAAGAAGUACAACGAUGACCGCUGGCACACGGUCUUCAUAAAGCGUGAACGGGAGAAGAUCAGUCUGAUAGUGGACGGUAUCAGAGCUCAGUCUAAGAGAAUGCCUGGAGGAGACAGGACUCGUCUCACUGGGUCUUUGUAUGUUGGAGGAGUCCCGCCUUCACUGGCAGCCCCGGGCACUGGUGGUUUCACUGGCUGUGUGAAGGACCUGACGCUGAACAAUGCCCCUACAGGAAGCCCCACUCACAGCCAGGGGACGGUGCCCUGCUUCCAAAGCCCUCUAUAUCCUGGAGCAUACUUCUCCGGACAGGGAGGACACAUCGCCAUAGAUGAGUCCUUGGUUCUGGGACGGGAUCUGGAGAUCCAGCUGGACGUUCGGCCCGUCUUGGACUCUGGGCUGCUGUUGCAUGCUGGGACGUCACCUGACCUACACCUGAGCUUGGUCCUCAGCCAGGGAGAGGUGACCGUUUCGGUGAACACUGGAAAAGGUGAAUUCUCUACCUCCUUCACUCCUGAAGAACCUCUGUGUAACGGACGCUGGCACACAAUCACUGUGGUGAAGAAAAACAACGUUCUGCAGCUCAAUGUGGAUGGAGCCAGCGAGCACAGUGUCGGCCCCAGACACAGCCGCUCUGCAGGGGCCAAAGUGACUGUUUACCUUGGAGGUGUACCCGGUGGCGUCACAGUGCCCGGUCUACCUGCUGGCCUUCCAGCCUUCCACGGCUGCAUCCGCCAAGCAACCAUCAACCACAGGCCUGCCAUGUUGUCCAAACCGCUCGCGUUGCACGGAGCUGUGGGGACGCAGGGCUGCCCUCAGAUGUAGACCCACCACACAGUCUUAUCCUCACAUUCCCCGACUACAAAACACUGGUGGUGGGUGUCAUGUUACUAUAGCUAAUUUAAAAUACCUAUAUUAAUAUUUAUUUUCUAUUUUCAGAAAAAUGUAUAUUUUAUAUUUUCCCAUGUGUCGUGACAAUAUUACUGGUUUGUUUUUGUGCUACAGGGUGCUACAGCAGUGACAAGUCUGCACAGAGAUGCACUGAUACAAGGUGUUACAAUAAACAUCCUAAAUCAGUUAUAAAAUGUGUAGUAUAUUGUAAAUAAAAGUGACACGACUUGAUUUUAUUAGCUUUUUUCUGUAAACGAAUGAUGAAAAAAAUCAAAAGAUAUCACUGAAUCUGACAAUAUAUUGAAGUAAAAGCUGUGUACAGGUGUGUAUCGUGCAUCUCUAGCAGAGAACGUUAAUAUACCUACUGAGUCGGUACACUGUGAACACUGUGAUACAUGAGCAAUGUCCUCAGGCAGCGCAGAUGGGUAAUGAUGCCUGCGACAGGGACUGGGACUGAACUUCUGGGAAUAUUACAGUUAAUUAAGUCUCAGCCACAAAAGAGUUGAGUAUGUCUGUGAAAACACAACGUAAAAAGGGAUGAAAGCUGAUCACAAUACCAAUAGUAUUAUACCUCUGUUAAAAUCUAUACUUGCUUUGAUUUUAGCUUUUGUUCUGUAUUAAAAAAACCUGUUGCUUUUUAGGCCUCCUCAUAUGUUAUUUCUGGAAGUGGAUUUAUGGUUGUUCUGGCACAUUUUGGAAGCUCGAAUCUGAAGUUUGGCUUAAACCAAAAACGUUGAAGGGUCUUUUCAGUGUGAUGCGUGCGUUUAGAAACACCGCUUGUGACGUUGGCAUUCUGACCACUAGCCAUUAUUUUUAUCACUCUGGCUUCACGAGGCGAAACAUAGACUGGACAUCAAGAUGGACGAAUCCUCCAUGAUGAAACCCUCACUCACCACGCUUUGCAGUAACACAACCUCUCAUUCCCACCUUCAACAUCCCUCCCCCGUCUGUCUCCUGUCUGUCACAGGCAGCGCUUCCCAUCUCUAUCCCGCUAUAUAUGUAAACAUGUACCAAACAAAGAGUGUGAAGCUUGUAUGGAAUAUAACCGCAAAUAUCUCACAGAGAGAAUAAGCUGUCCAACCCCCUCACUCCCAGCCCUCGCGUGUUGUAAAUGUAUGUUUAAAUAAAGUUUCUUUUUCAUAUAAACUGUA